AUGCCUCCAUGGUGGUUCCUGGUGCAUUUCAUGGCUGCAAUUCUUGCCGUUGAUGUUCAGGGGCGAUAUGAUACUACUGACAGGUACGCCUGUGAUCCUUUCUCUUGCGGCCAUCUCCAAGACAUCCAGUACCCUUUCCGCCUGCGAGGAGAUCUGCGUCUGUGCGGUUUGCCAUCGUACGAGCUGGAUUGCUCCGAUAGCAAGGCUACAAUUCGGAUCAACACAGGGACGUACUUUGUCACGGAUAUCAACUACAAGCAUUCUUACUUCUGGGUCGUGGACGCCAACCUGGACAUGAGCGGCAGCUGCCCUCUUCCUCGCUGGGAUCAGCGCCCUUAUAUAUAUGGCAUCCCUGGGUCCGACGGCUUCGUCGAAUUGUACCCUCGUUCUGUUACAUGGGCUAACUUUGUGAAUUGUUCGCGGGCGGUCACGGACAAUAGUGACUACAUACCGGUAGCUUGCCUGAGAACGAGGUCUUCUUUUGUCUAUGUGUUGAUUGACUCUCUUUAUGUUGGAGAUCUUAAUCCUUACUGCGGGUACUUGGCUGUGGCUGCUUUGGGUGAUCAGAGCGUGCAAUAUAGUAAUGCAAGCCAUGGUGUUUUGGUGGAAACCCUGAGGAGAGGAUUUCCUGUUUGGUUUCCUUUGAAAUAUAAAAGGAGGUAUGGGGGCUUCAAGGAUUGCCUAAAGGAUAAGAUUGUCCCAGUUCCAGGAAAACCAAUGGCUAGUACUCUUGGCAACUGGGAUUGGAUAUGGACCAUUUUUACGGUUGAUUCUGAGAUCUUACAUUGCGCAUUUGGAGCAGACACUUUUCCUUCCAAUGAACACCUUCGCAAACUACAGUCCUCAACAGUAUACUCCAUGUUGAUAUUGAAGUUGAUUGCUGCUCUACGCAGGUUUGUGUUUGCUCCUCUGGUGGUACUGGUCUUCCUAGCCCACAAAUACUGGAAAACAAGGAUCACAAUCGAUGCGGUCGAGAAGUUCCUACGGAUGCAGCAAAUGAUCGGCCCGACAAGGUAUGCCUACACAGAUAUUGUUGCAGUCACAAGCCAUUUCAGAGACAAGCUGGGUCAGGGGGGCUACGGCUCCGUGUAUAAGGGCGUUCUACUCCCAGGCGAUGUCCCUGUGGCCAUCAAGAUGCUUGACGGUAAAUCCAGCUGCGACGGAGAAGAUUUCAUCAGCGAGGUCUCCACCAUCGGUAGGAUCCACCACGUCAAUGUGGUGCGUCUGGUGGGUUUCUGCUCCGAGGAAAUGAGGAGGGCACUAGUCUACGAGUAUAUGCCCCGUGGUUCUCUGGACAAGUACAUCUUCUCGGUCGAAAAGAGUUUUUCCUGGGACAAGCUCAAUGAAAUUGCCUUGGGCAUUGCCAGGGGGAUCAACUACUUGCAUCAAGGCUGUGACAUGCAGAUUUUACACUUUGACAUCAAGCCGCACAACAUCCUUCUUGACAGCAAUUUUGUCCCAAAAGUCGCCGAUUUUGGCCUUGCCAAGCUAUACCCAAGGGAUAACAAUUUUGUGCCGUUGAGCGCCUUACGGGGAACAAUCGGGUACAUGGCUCCUGAAAUGGUAUCCCGGAGCUUCGGCGUCAUAUCCAGCAAGUCCGACGUCUACAGCUUCGGGAUGCUGCUGUUGGAGAUGGCUGGAGGACGCAGGAAUGCUGACCCAAAUGCGGCGAACUCAAGCCAGGCAUUCUACCCAUCGUGGGUGUAUGACCGGCUAACCAAACAUGAACUGGGUGAGAUAUCUGCUGAGAUGCAUGAGUUGGAGAGGAAGCUGUGUCUAGUUGGCCUAUGUUGCAUCCAGAUGAAGUCCCACGAUCGUCCGGCGAUGAGCGAAGUCAUAGAGAUGCUCGAAGGCGGCAGUGAUGUGCUGCAGGUGCCUUCAAGGCCGUUCUUCUGUGAUAGUGGCCACACCCCCCUAGAGGAUUCUUACCAUUUCAUGUCUGAGCUGACUGCCAUUUCGGAGGAGGAUGGGUAA